AUGGAAAUAAAAGGUGCUUAUAUGCAAUCCAGACCUAAAGUACCAAAACGUAUACGCUGCUGGUUUUUGUUCUCUGUCAAUUCAUCUCUAGUAAUGACUACUGACUUUGCAAAAUGCAAUCCUAACAAUGUCGAUUCAUCGAACGACCUUCCUCCGGAAAUUGAUAACGAAAUUUUAGAAGCAGAUCUUGAGGAAAAACAACGCCUAAUAAGUCAGAUUUUGGAGCUACAACAUACACUUGAGGAUUUAUCCACACGGGUAGAUGCUGUGAAAGAAGAAAAUUUAAAAUUACGUUCUGAAAAUCAAAUCCUUGGCCAAUAUAUCGAAAAUAUGAUGGCAAAUUCAUCAGUUUUUCAAUCAACAUCACCACGUGUUGAUGAAAAUAGGUCACGUACAAAUAAAAGAGUUGGGAGAUGA